CAGUUCUUCCUCGGCAUCCCCCCACGUACAGGUAGAUGGUCUUGCAUCUAUCUACAGGAGCGUGUGAUCUUCUCCAUCUCACCACUCUUCGUCUCUCCCCGCCAGUCCAGCCCAGUCCAGCCCACCCCAACCCGACCAGUCAGCCUACCAAGGCAGUCUGCUCUUCUCCUGCCUGCCCCUUCAGCUCCCAGCUCUUCUACAGCAGCACUGGAGCAAUUUCCCCAGCGUGUCUGUUUUUCGAACUCUCUGUCCUCCACGUACUGAUCUCUCCCCCUUUCACUCACUGGUUUUUUAAUCGCUGCUAGCUUUUCACCUUUGCGAGGACUGGGCUGCGAAAACUCCAGGAUCACUGCGACCUCACCUUUACGUCUGUCCUGCCCAGUCUUUCAACAGCUGCCUCCACUUUCCUGGUUGUCACGGAACAGAUACGCAUCUGAUUCGUCUUGUCUCCCUGCUCCCCGAUCAUCGAGUUCUCGAGACUGCUCUUGUUCCUAUGCGACUCUCCUCUCGGUCGUUUCUUCGAUAGGAGUAUCCAUGGCCUUGCAUGAUGUCCUCUUGAGCAGUAGUUACAACGCCAUCCCUUUUUUCAGAUCGGAGACUAUGAUGAAGCAGGAACUGAGCUGGCUCGACGAGCGUAGCUGGAGAUCUUGCGCCCGGUGUUCCUCCGUCUCUCCGCAAGUAAUAUGUCCCGCAUGCACUACUUUAGCGAUGUCCGCAAACCCUACAUCGUUAUUCUCAUCCUCGCCAGUAGGAUCUGAUUCGGCCCACAACGCAGCGUUACUCGAUGAUCAGUUUUGGACUUUCACGAAUGGGACGUCGGACCAGAAAACGGGCCCAAUUAAACGGGAAAAGCUCGAGGAGGACCAUCUGAAGUCGCUCCCCAGUAUCAUGCCCUCCCUUCAGCACUCGUUUGCGUCAACCAGGGAUGGAGGGUCCGACGGACAGGAAGUAGACCUCGACAUGAUAGGGAUUGGCGCUGUGGUCGGGAGGGGAGUGCUCUUCGGUGCAAAUUCCUCCGACAAUUUCGCCACUGCUGCGUUCACCACGGCGCUCGCGCCGUCUGGAAGUAUUCCCAUGCUCAACAGAAGCAGCAGCAGCAGCAGCCCACCCUCCAGCAGUUGCGGAGGAGCUUUCAUACAUCUGGCCGACUUGCUUCGGCAGACUCGAGCACCAUCACCGCCGACCGGUGGUAAUCUCAAAGAAAGUGCGGUGCUGUCGCCCCCUGUAUCGGCUGCCAUGACUCCAGGCUGCCACCAAACUGUCACCCACAACAGCAUUCAGCAGCCGCAGCAGGCUCGUCCUGCAAUCCCAGUGUCUGCGGCUGAGGAGGUGGAGAGCAAAGUCGUAUCGACAACAGAUUCGAGAGUGACCAGCGGCGACGGCACGGGCACGAGCGGCAGGGUUUUCAGGGGAGUGAGGAAAAGACCGUGGGGUAGAUGGUCUGCAGAGAUUCGUGAUCGCAUAGGCCGUUGCCGGCAUUGGCUGGGAACUUUCGACACACCGGAAGAUGCUGCCCGAGCCUACGACGCCGCCGCUCGUAAGUUACGGGGAGCUAAGGCUCGGACGAAUUUUACCAUCCCCACAUCUCCUUCAUCUCCUCUCCAGAUGUCUCCUCAGCCCGAUCCGGCGACGUCGCGCCAGCGCUCGAAGCCAUCUCUCCAAAGGGCGGCGUCCAUGAAGGCUGCAUACUCCAGACCGAUAUCGGAGAAUGAGUCUCUGAUAAGCAGCAAGGAUCGGUGUCUCACGAAGUCGAAUACCAUGUGGCCUCGAGUCAACGAGGUGAAGAUUGCAGAUAUGGCAUCCUUCGCCUCGAACUUAUCCCAACGGAAUUUAGGCGCCUCGUCUCCGCAGUCGGACUUGUGUGCCUCCGACAACCACAGUGCCUACGACAUGCUGGAGCUAGAACUCAAUCUGGGCGCUCGAAGUCCAUCGUAUCGUGACAACGGGACAGUAGCAUUCGACAGCUCGCAAUCGGUGUUCGUGCUCGAGUUUCCUCAACAACAAUGGCGAUCCUACAGUCUGUGAAGUGGCAGCUCUCUCUACGCGCGUUUCUAACUCUCACCAGGAGACCGGGCCCGGCUUGGCGAGUGCCUCCUCCUCUCGAGGGGAGACUCCUCGACUGUCAAAAAUCUAUAGGAACAGUCGUCUCCUUGGAAUCGCUGGACGCCGGCAUCUGGCAACGAGGAACGAAGUGGCGACAGUCGAUCCUUCACCUCGUCACGAUGGCCCAUUACACCGAGAGUGAAUUUUGUAUCAUAUGUGGGCGAGAGGAGCACAGUUCGACGAAGUGAAGAUUCGAUGUGCUCCACAAUUCAACUGUAAAUCCAUGCUGCCGUGUGCGACACCAAGGAGAAUAGGUUUGGGUGCCAAUUGAACAGGAGAGGGCCUUCACGUGUACAUACUAGGUUUGAGAAAUGUAAACUUUAAAACCACCAAGGUGGACGGAUAGUUUUCUCCGGAGUCACGUGGUAGUUUCUCUAUUUCAUGCACUGGGUCGUCGGCCGUCGGUUCUUGUGAACACACAUCUUUGAAUUUGGAUGCCUCUUCCGUCACGGGAAAGGGUUGGAACGUUCUUGUAUUCGGGGACUCGAUAUGAGUGACUAUAUUGUGAAAGUAUUAUGACACGUGAGUUGAGCGGUGUUCACUGGAUCUGCGAGUCCAUGUUAUCGUAGUACAUACGUGUGACGCUCGCGCUUGUCUUUGUCAUGGGCUUCUAUUGCCGAGCACCAAGAUGCAGCGGAGACUUUCAGAUGCGAAGCGCCUUCCAGUCCUCUGAGGCCUCCUCAGUCCGACCGUAGCUUUUGCCAGCAGAUCGACAGUCUUGAUGUGGAAGUUCGUUGCAUGGACCAUGGGCCACGGAAGGUGCUCAUCAAGUUGGACUACGACGUCAAACCAAGUUCGCAGCGUCUGUACUUGAUACAUGUCCAGUGAGAGCUGGGAGGUACCGGCUGGUGAUUGCUACUUGCGAUAUUACCCGAUGGCAGGCUAAGCUCUCAAGAUCACUUACAGCAAGGUGGAGCAUCUCGGGAGAGUUUCCGUCUAUUCAGUAGAGAACUUGGCGUGCAGUUCACGGACCCUUGUGUACUUUGGGGUUGACCAUCGCUUCCCAUAUGCCGGUGGUGGGAAGAAGCGCGAAAUUUCAGUAAAUACGAUCUGCGCUUUGUGUUUGAACACAGGUGUGGGUAAUGCAGUAGUCGUGGAAUGUGGACGUGGACUUACUCCACGCUCUACGACAUGUAGACCGCCUGUUUUGCAUUCUUAAUUACCUGUUUGAUGCGAUCAUUGUUUAGCAGGUACAGCUCUGCUUAGACGCUCGACACUACUAGCUUGGUUAAAAACUGUCGUUACGUAUUGAGCAUACUGCAGACUUGCCUCAAAACUCUGAUCUUUAAGGUUGGUAACACGUCUUCAGGCAGUCUUGACUUUGUGCUGUUUGUUUACUGGCUAGCGUUUCGUCGUCUUGAAGCUAAGCUCAAGUUUAUUUCUGUUAGUGGAGCAUGCAUUGUAAUCGGUCUUGCUUUUCUCAGUAGGGUAUCCAAAUACCCGUGGAGUGUCUUACUUUCGCUGUCGAUAUGUGAGUAAGAUUACGCUGUCAGCUGCGUGCCACUUGUUAGCGUCUCUUGGUCUUCACCUGGGUGCAGAUCCGCCGAGACGAUAAGAUGGAUAGAACCUCAAUGAGAGACGCGAUGAACUGGUGUCAGUGUACCAACUUGGUCAAUAGCAAGCGUCGGUAACUAUAGUCUAUCUAUCUGAUUCACACUGGCCAGACCUAGCUUGCAACUCAUCUGAUAAACGUGGAUCCAUAUGGGUUCUGUAUGUGCCACAGGAUGCUGGCUAGAAGUAAAAUAUAUUCUUUUUUGCGAAGAUUUGAAGUUUGCUGUAGACCAAUGGAGGCCCUAGAGAGAUCUGAGGAUCAUUGAUUGGCAGACUAGUUGACUAGAUCGUAUCUUGAGUCGUAUGGCCCGAGAGUAGAAUGGUCGUAAACUCUUCGAGGUAGGAGUCUACUGCGCCUCUUUUGUUGGCAGUUUUUUUCUUCAAAUAAUGUCAACUAAUCAAUCACUAUUUUCGGAAAUGAAGGGAUUGCGG